GUCACUGGGCGUGCCCCCCUCCGCUCUAUAACAGCGCAUGCGCGCCCGCCCCCUCAGCAGCCGGUGCAACAUGGCGGCGGUGCGGACGCUGCGCGGGGCCGUGAACGGCGCCGGGCCCGGCGGGCCCCGCGAGCAGGCGGCGGCCCUGACCCGCGACUUCCUAUCCCAGCCGCGCCUCACCUACAAAACCGUGUCGGGUGUGAACGGGCCCCUGGUUAUCCUGGACCAGGUUAAGUUCCCCAGGUACGCCGAGAUCGUGCACCUGACCCUGCCCGACGGCACCAGGAGGAGUGGGCAGGUGCUGGAAGUCAGUGGCUCCAAAGCUGUGGUUCAGGUAUUUGAAGGCACUUCAGGGAUUGAUGCCAAGAAAACCUCCUGUGAGUUCACCGGGGACAUCCUGCGAACCCCGGUCUCGGAGGACAUGCUGGGCAGAGUGUUCAAUGGAUCAGGAAAACCCAUAGACAGAGGCCCCAUUGUCUUGGCUGAGGAUUUCUUGGACAUCAUGGGCCAGCCAAUCAACCCCCAGUGUCGGAUCUAUCCAGAGGAGAUGAUCCAGACUGGCAUUUCUGCCAUAGAUGGCAUGAACAGUAUUGCCAGGGGCCAGAAAAUCCCCAUUUUCUCAGCUGCUGGGCUGCCCCACAACGAGAUUGCAGCUCAGAUCUGUCGCCAGGCUGGCUUGGUGAAGAAAUCCAAAGAUGUGAUGGAUUACAGCGAGGAGAACUUUGCCAUCGUCUUUGCUGCCAUGGGGGUGAACAUGGAAACUGCUCGGUUCUUCAAGUCAGACUUCGAGGAGAACGGCUCCAUGGACAACGUGUGCCUGUUCCUGAACCUGGCCAACGACCCCACCAUCGAGCGCAUCAUCACGCCCCGCCUGGCCCUGACCACGGCCGAGUUCCUGGCCUACCAGUGUGAGAAGCACGUGCUGGUCAUCCUGACGGACAUGAGCUCCUACGCCGAGGCUCUCCGAGAGGUGUCAGCAGCUCGGGAGGAGGUGCCUGGGCGCCGUGGCUUCCCUGGCUACAUGUACACUGACCUGGCCACCAUCUACGAGCGCGCCGGGCGCGUGGAGGGCAGGAACGGCUCCAUCACCCAGAUCCCCAUCCUCACCAUGCCCAACGACGAUAUUACUCAUCCCAUCCCUGACUUGACUGGAUACAUCACUGAGGGACAGAUCUACGUGGACAGGCAGCUGCACAACAGGCAGAUUUACCCCCCCAUCAACGUCCUGCCCUCCCUGUCCCGGCUGAUGAAGUCGGCCAUCGGCGAGGGCAUGACCAGGAAGGACCACGCAGAUGUGUCCAACCAGCUGUACGCCUGCUACGCCAUCGGCAAGGACGUGCAGGCCAUGAAGGCCGUGGUGGGGGAGGAAGCCCUGACCUCGGACGAUCUCCUGUACCUGGAGUUCCUGCAGAAGUUUGAGAAGAACUUCAUUGCUCAGGGGCCCUACGAGAACCGCACGGUGUUCGAGACCCUGGACAUCGGCUGGCAGCUGCUCAGGAUCUUCCCCAAGGAGAUGCUCAAGAGGAUCCCCCAGAGCACGCUGGCCGAGUUCUACCCUCGGGAUGCCAAGCACUAGCCCGGCUCCCCGUGCCCCUGCUCCGUGGUUUGGUUUCCUUUUCCAUGUGUUGGUGUUCCCCUGUCGCCCUCCCAGCUCCAACCAGCAGCAGGUGACGCUUGCGGCAGCGUUCCCACUGAGAGCAGCUUGGAAAAUAUCCCUUCUCCCACAGCCUGCAUCUCCAGGAGGAUGCUCUGAAAAACAUGCAAUAGCCACCACGAGGUGUUGGGGUUUGAAAUGAGCCUUUUGUGGGGUUCUCGGGGCUGAGCAUGACCAGAAAUUGCAAACCUUCGCUUUGAAACCAUGGGUUAGAAAACAUGAAGGAGGAAAUGGUGACUUGCAGGACAACAUUCCUUGGUGAAAAAUGCAGGUUUUUAACCAUUCUGAAAGGUUUGUGUGAAAUGAGGGUGUGGAGGUGACACUGGGGACUUCCCCACCAGCAAAGGUGGAAAAGUCCUUGUCCUUUCAGAGGACAAAGGCCAGUGAGGUGUUACCUGAAAGUAGCAGGAUGAAGCUUAAUUACUGAAUUACAGCUUUUAAAUUUAAGUUUGCAGAGUAAAUUUCCUCCUUCACCCUUUUUUGGUUGGAUUCUGGAGAUGCCAGACAGAACCAGCAGCUCAGUCUGGGCUCAGCAGUGUCACCACAGCUGUUGGUGGUUCAAGGCUUUGUGCUGCUGCUGAAGGGGAUCCUGAGAGGUGAAAACCCAACCUAAAACCUGGCCCAGGUGUGCUGGUGUGAGCUCAGCUUUUAAACCACGGCCUGUGCACACAAGGCAACAGGAGUUAAUGAAAAAGGCAGCUUUUAAAGUGAGAAAGGAUAUUUCAGACCUGCUCCAGGUGCGCCGGGCCCGUGCCGUGGCUGGAGCUGUUGUGGUUUGCACUCCAGGCACAGAUUUGCCUCAGCCCCGAGCUCAGCAUUCCCAAACUCUGCAAUCCUGGCUGGGCAAUUCCGUGUUGUUCCUUUUCCAACGGGUUCAGCCGAGGCUCCGGGCCCACUGCUGCUGCUGCUGCUGGCACAAUUCCAUGCUUUUUCCAGGCUUUCCUGUAGUCUGAGCUCUGGUCUGGCUCAGCAGAGCAUGUUGCACCUCCCUGCACGCCUUCAGGCCCGUCUGGGAAGGUGCUAACAUGACUGGAAUGUGCUAAUUCCAGCUUUCCCAGUGUCUCCAUGUGCAGUUCUCUGGUUUGUUCCGUGUUCUCUGUGGCUGCAGCAGCAACUUUAUUCCAGUGCAUUCCACCCAAAGCUGUGUCCAGUCUCUUUUUCCCGAGGUCAGGCUGGGAGGGCGGAAGCGUUGGCAUGAAAACACUUUAAUGUAGAGAAUCUCUAAAUAAAUUAAAUAUGGAAGGUGUUGAACAAA